GAUCGAAAUGUCUACGCGUAGUCAACGAGUGCCGAUCGCAUUAAUAAUUUUGAUAUUUUACAACUAUAUUUUUGGUUGUAGAACACAAAAUAUGAGGCAAUUUACUAACACAACUAACGUGACCGUGGAGAAGACAACAAAUGAUGGCAAAACUAUAUCAAUUACCAGUACCGUGGAAAAAUCUCACAUCGGCGAUACAAUUGGUGAAAAAAUUUUGCAAAAUAGAUUUAGAGAUACACUCAGAAAGCAUAAGGGUUCAAUUGAACCCGCUUUCAUUGGGAGUACUCAAACGGAGUUACGAAACUAUGAUGUGGAGGAAGUACAUACAGACACGGAUUCAUACAUACCAAUAAUUUUACCGAAAACAACUCACAGAACGUUUGAUACAGAAAAGACUAGAUGUGUAAGGGCGAUAAGUGACACAAUACAGACGCUGACGUUACCCGGUGGGCCAUCAUUUAAUGUACGGUGCAUAGUUGAUGAGAAUGGUAAAUGUCCGUGGGCAGUUAUUUUGGAGCGCAAGUCUCAAAGAGAUAAUUUCGAUUUUGGCUGGCUGAAUUAUCGUGCAGGUUUCGGUGAUCCAGCCACAGGGAAUGGCUACUUUGUAGGUCUCCAGAACUUGUACACACUUACACAAUAUCAAAUGCAAGAAUUAUAUAUUUCCAAGCGUUUCGAAGGCGAAGACUUAGUUAAGGAGAUCUAUGGGAAUUUUCGAAUUGGCGACGAGAGCGUCGAUUAUGCGGUGGUAAGCUUGAGCGUGAAUACCAACAAUACGAUGAUUAGACACCUGCAAAUCGCUUCGAAAUUCAUCACAAAAGAUCGACACUUUGACGAGCGUUUAGCUGUAUGCGCGAGGACUUUGGGCAUGGGUUGGUGGUAUUCGGAGAAAUGUUUGCAGUCUAUGAUGCUGCAUAGCGUACGGGCAUAUGUAAAAGCUCCAACUAUUAUUGCUGUGAGACCAAUUAAUUGCGAAUUUUUUUAGUGAAAGAAUGGUUGAAACAUAAAACAUGUUAAU